AUGCGGCGCCACAAUAUGGCCCCAUACUAUGAAGCACUCUGCAAGCCGCUUGACUGGCAGAUGGACAUGGAGCUGUUGAAUAAGAUGAAAAAGGUGAAUGAGGAAGAGUUGAAACGUCUUGACAAUGAACUGGAAGAUGCUGAAAAGAUCUUGGGGGAGAGUGAAAUCCGUGAUGCAAUGAUGGCCAAGGCUGAAUACCUGUGCCGAAUUGGGGACAAGGAAGGAGCUCUGACUGCUUUUCGUAAGACAUAUGACAAAACUGUGGCACUGGGACAUCGUCUGGAUAUUGUGUUCUACCUUCUAAGAAUUGGUUUGUUUUACCUGAUUAAUGUCCUCAUCACACGGAAUAUUGAAAAGGCAAAAAGUCUAAUAGAGGAAGGAGGAGACUGGAGCAGGAGAAAUCGUCUGAAAGUCUACCAAGGUCUUUACUGCGUAGCUAUUCAAGAUUUCAAACAAGCAGCAGAACUCUUUCUUGAUACAGUUUCAACAUUUACAUUCACUACACAAAACUUCCAAGUCAAAAUGAGUUUCUAA